AGAGGGACACAUAUCGUGAAAGCGCCUCUCUCUCUCUCUCUCUCUCUCUCUCCGUUGCAGUACUCAUUUCUGUGUCCCCAAAUUCUGUCUCUCUUUUUGCUUUGGGAAAUCAAAGGAAAGUGUUUGGAAACAAACAGAGCUGACACUCAUUUGCCCAUUAGCAUUGCAUUCAACAAAUAAUCCCUUUUCCAUUUAUGUAAUACUUGUACUUGUCUACUCUUCACACUCUUUCUUCCAUACAUUUUUGUUUGUUUUUGGGAGUAUGGAGGGGAGAAUCCUUUAGCUGCUAUUGAUGCAAUGACAAUGUCCCCUCAUAGUUAGUAAUGAGGGGAUUAUGAGGUGGAUUUGCCGAGAUCUGAGCCUUGAGAUCAACAAGAUAAUUUGAUUUGAAUGUCUGAAAGAAGAAACAACCUUGUCUUGUUUUCUAUUAUUAGGGUUUUAUUUCUCUCUUAUCUGCUAUUACAUUUUUGCCAUGACUACCAAACGCGCCUACAAGCUCCAGGAAUUUGUGGCACAUUCUUCAAGUGUUAAUUGUCUCAAAAUUGGAAGGAAAUCAUCGAGAGUACUUGUUACUGGAGGAGAAGAUCACAAGGUUAAUUUAUGGGCUAUUGGUAAGCCCAAUGCGAUACUGAGUUUGUCAGGACAUACUAGCGGAAUUGAUUCAGUAAGCUUUGAUUCUUCAGAAGUCCUAGUGGCUGCUGGGGCUGCAAGUGGUACAAUUAAGCUUUGGGAUUUAGAGGAGGCAAAGAUUGUUCGUACACUGACUGGUCAUAGAUCUAAUUGCAUAUCUGUGGACUUUCAUCCUUUUGGGGAGUUCUUUGCAUCUGGUUCUCUCGACACUAAUCUUAAGAUAUGGGAUAUCAGAAAAAAGGGUUGUAUUCAUACAUACAAGGGCCACACUCGAGGGGUCAAUGCAAUCAGAUUCACCCCUGAUGGGCGCUGGGUUGUAUCUGGUGGAGAGGACAAUACUGUCAAGCUGUGGGAUUUGACUGCUGGAAAGCUAUUGCACGAUUUCAAGAGUCAUGAAGGUCAGGUUCAAUGCAUAGAUUUUCAUCCACAUGAAUUUCUUCUGGCAACAGGUUCUGCUGAUAGGACUGUCAAAUUUUGGGACCUUGAAACCUUUGAACUAAUUGGUUCAGCGGGGCCUGAGACCACUGGAGUGCGUUGUUUGACAUUUAAUCCUGAUGGAAGGACUCUACUUUGUGGACUGCAUGAGAAUCUGAAAGUUUUCUCUUGGGAACCAUUAAGAUGCCAUGAUGCUGUUGAUGUUGGAUGGUCCAGAUUGUCAGAUCUAAAUGUUCAUGAGGGGAAGCUUCUUGGCUGCUCGUAUAACCAAAGUUGUGUUGGUGUAUGGGUUGUAGACAUCUCGCGGAUUGAGCCGUAUUCUCCUAGCAAUGUCAAUCGACUCAAUGGUUAUUCAGAAUCUAAAUCAGGCAUCAGCGCAAAUCAGUCAGUCUUGCUUGAUUCCACUGCCAAGACCAGUUUGGGAAGGUUAUCUGCUGCGCAAAACUCAGAAAUUUUAGUAAAGGAAACAAAAUCUUUUGGAAGGUUGUCGGUUUCUCAAAAUACAGAUCCUGUCAAGGAGUCAACAAAGGAGUCCAAAAUUUUGGCUUCUACGGGAAAUGUACCUGGUACUCCACAAAGGGUCAACUUCAACACUGCUCUGAAGACAACUCUGUCUGGUCCAAUAACAGUUAAUGUAGCAGCCCCAAAGAGGACUUCUACAAAGGUCCAAUCAGCAGUUAAUGUUCCAGUGCUCAACAAGGCAGAUGUAAUACCUGUAAUUGUUCCUAGAACUAAUACAAGGCCAGACCCAGUGGCUGAACCCAGAAAAGAAAUUGGUAUUGCUGGAAGAACGAUGCCAUUUUCAUUGCAGUCAAAGGCUUGUGAUUACCGGAAAUUUACAAAUAGCAGAGAUGACAUGGACCAGCCAACUAUUUCUAUCCCUUCUGAUACUACGAGUUCAAAGUCUAUGGCAUUAAGCAAUGUUGGCGAUAGGAAUAUAUUUUCUACAGUUAAAGGCUCAAUUCGUGAAAUAUCAACUGCAGACAGGAAUAUUAGAGAGGAUAGACCUGUUGGAUCAGGAAAACAAGAUUCAAGCCUGAUUGCUGAGCCACCUGUUAGCUACCAGGAAGAAAAUUAUGAGACACGUGGGCAUAAAUUAAACAGAGAUGCAACCUCUCUUGAAGGUCAAAAAGCGGGAAGAAUGCGGUCACUUGUCAUAAAUUGGGAGAAAAGGGGAAGAUCUCCUAAUUAUGAGGGACCCAUUUCAGGAAGUUCCCCCGAGACAGCUUCUUCAGUAAACAUGCUUUCUUUUAAUAUGCUUAAACAGAGAGGAUGCUCGCCAACUACUGAAAAAGAAAUGGUUUCUGCUAGUGAUGAGGAUGCUAUUGCAGAUGUAAUGGAACAACAUGAUCAAUUUGUCAGCUCCAUGCAGUCUCGUUUUGGGAAGUUACAGGCUGUGCACAGAUUUUGGGAGAGAAACGAUGUUAAGGGGGCCAUUAGUGCAAUGGAGAAAAUGGCUGAUCAUGGUGUUCUCGCUGAUGUAAUCAGUGUUAUAAAUGAGAAAAUUGACAUUGUUACAUUGGAUGUAUGUACUUGUCUUCUGCCACUUCUUGCCGGCCUUCUUGAAAGUGACAUGGAUAGGCAUUUGAGCAUCUCUCUGGAUGUGCUACUUAAGCUGGUCAGAACAUUUGGUUCAAUGAUUUAUUCAACUGUAUCUGCAUCAACUCCAGUUGGUGUAGACAUUGAAGCAGAGCAAAGAUUGGAACGCUGCAAUCUCUGCUUUGUAGAACUAGAAAAAGUCAAGCGAUGCCUGCCGACCCUCAUGAGAAGAGGGGGCUCUGUUGCAAAAAUCACCCAGGAGCUGAAUUUAGCUCUUCAAGACGAUUCAUGAGUGAACGCAAGUUCUGAGUGAGAGUGCUGCUUGUUUUUAGCUACUCUGGAAGAGGAGCAAGUUUGUGUAUUUAUAAAAGAAACAGCUCCUGGCAUAAUCUGAUACCUCGACCUUUUCUAUUGUCUGAUCUUUUAGCCCACCAUGUAUAUUCAUGCUUAAAUGGAGGGACUAACUUGUAGCUGAUUCUACCAUUUUAACUGGAACCUGAAGGCUGAUGGUUGCCACUGUUACCCUAUCACCACUUGAUGCACAGUUUUGGCAGACAUCAAAUUGCACCUGCUCGGUGGAAAAAGAAGGAAAAGGAUUUCAGCCCCUUACAUUAUCAUCUCUACGCAGUGUGCAACACAUAAUUGUAACUUUUGUGAUGUAUCAAUUCGUUAUUUUUCCUUGUUACAUAUACAGAAAGUCAAAAUGCAACACCUUAUACACGAGCUGUGCUAAUAUGUAGACAAAUCUUGCAGCUGAAAAGGUCUUUGACAAUUCA